AUGAACUCAGUAUCCACUAACUCUUCCUUUACAGAUGUUAGGAUUGUUAAAAUAUACUUGAAGAUUCAUUACAUAACACAAUUUGGAUAAGCAAUUUAUCUAUGUGGGGAUGAUGAAUCUUUAGGAAUGUGGGAUUCUUGUAAGGCACUUCGUUUGUAAUGGAAUUAAGUAUUAAAUUUAAACAAAUUAGAAUCAUGAAUGGACCAUAUGUAUUAAAUUGCCUAGAAUCACUCGUAAAUUCGAGUACAAAUUCUUGGUUAACAAUUAUAAUGAACCUUCAAUUUCCUAAGCAUAUUGGGAACCUGGUGAAAAUCGUAUAAUCACUAAACAUUUAUUGCUUAAUGGAAAGAAGAGUGAGUAUUUUAAUUGUAAUACAAUUGUAAUAUUAUUUUAGAGGAGUUUUGGGGAUAUAGAACUAUAAAACUAAAACUCAAUCACACUUUAUAACCUAAAGAACGUAUGAUGAUAAUAGGAUCUAUUCCUGAGAUUGGUUCAUGGAAUUCACCUGUACUUAUGAAAUCACAAUUAAAAAUUGAUAUUUGUAAUAAAUUCAAUAUAAUAUUUAUAGUAACUGAAGAACCUACAUAAUAAUGGUCAAUAUCAUUUAUUGUGGAUCCUUUAAAUUUUUAUUUUCGUUAUUAUUAUGUAAUAAGAAAUGAUGAAACAGGAAAAAUGAUAUGGGAAAGAGGUAAUGGGCGUUACUUAAAAAGUGCUGAUUUAACUUCAAUAAGAUAAGUAUUGGAUUAAUAUGAUCAUCAUCCAAUAAAAGUGAAAACUCAAAUAUAUUCAGCUAUUCAGGCUAGGUAAUUAAAUAAAAAUGGAUCUUUUUCUUCUUAAAAAAUACAAAAAUCUAAAAUGAAAUAAAAUAAUUAAGGAUACUCUUUUGCAGAUAAAGAGCCUUCUUUUUUUUAUUAUGAAGAAUUUGGAAGAUUAAAUAAAUUAGAUUGGAAUUUUGUAGUAUAAUUCUAAACUUAUGAAAUAAAUGAGAAUAUAUUAAUUGGACCUUAUCCAUAAAAUGAAUAAGAUAUUCUUAAUUUAAAAUAAAAAUAAAUUAGAGCAGUUUUAAAUCUUUAAACUCGUCUUGAUAUGUUUCAUCGUGGAGUUAAUUGGGAAUAAAUUAUAGAUGCAUACAAAAGACACAAUAUUGUGAUGAAGAAUUAUUAAAUAUUUGAUAUGGAUUCUGAAGAUUUUCAAAAAAAAUCAAAUAAAGCAGUAUAAAUUUUGAAAAAAUUAAUUAAUGAAUAUGAAUAUGUCUAUGUUCAUUGUACAGCAGGAAUAGGUAGAGCUCCUUCAAUAGUAGUUCUUUAUUUAGCAUCAAUACUCAAAUAUGAUUUAAGAGAAGCAAUUGAAUUUGUAAAAUAAAAGAGAUAGCAAUUUUAUAUUAAUUAUUGUAAAAUAUUAAAUUAAUAUUACCUAGCAAUGUUAAAAAAGUCAUAUUAAAAAGCACUUGUAUUUAAUCAUGGAUUAGGUUAUUAAGAUUUAACUAUAACUUUUUGA